AUUCCGAAUCACUCAUCAUCAUUUUUCUUCUCCUUCUUCUUACGGUGCUCUCUCUAAUCUCUCUCUAUCUAUCUAAUUUCAUAUUGAUCCACUCCCGUGAUUAUGAUUCUAAGCUUUGGAACCAAUUCUUCUUACUCAUCAAAUCUAACACAAGAAAGAAGAAUUGGAGAUUGACGAUGAUUGCUUGCUUCCUUCCUUCCUUCUCUGUAUUUAGUUAGUUAGUUUUGUUUGUUUGAUCAUUUCGCUUUAGCUUCGAAUCUAGACUUCUUCCUUUAUGACGAUGGACGAGACUACCGAGAGUUGUGGAAGUAGACCAGUCGAAUCGCUUUCAAUGCAGACUAAAGAGGACAGACAGAGACUUGAAGUCUUCACCGGUGUUCUCGCUCGUCUUCACCAGUCAAAUCCCAAGGAAAUCGCCGUUCCUGGCUUUGAAGAUCAACUUUGGCUUCAUUUCAAUCGCCUUCCUGCCAGAUAUGCAUUGGAUGUGAACGUUGAAAGAGCAGAAGAUGUUCUCACGCAUAAGAGGCUACUCCAUCUUGCAGAGGAUCCUGCCAAGAGACCUGCACUUGAAGUUCACCUUGUUCAGGUUCCUCCCACCACAUCAACACAAACAUUUGAUUCUAAUCACAUUGACAAUGAAGAGAAAGAAGAUGCCCAAUCUCAUCAACCUAGUGUAUCCGGAGCUCAUCCACCUCCUACAUUCGGUGCACUAGCCAAUCUUGAUGAUGAUGCUGACAGUAACAUACCUUCAACUCCUAACUCAAGGCCAAUGCAUGAGAUUACUAUUUCAACACUGGAUAGGCCAAAACUUCUUAGCCAGUUGACAUCAUUACUUUCUGACGUGGGAUUGAAUAUUCAAGAGGCUCAUGUUUUUUCGACUACUGAUGGCUACUCCUUAGAUGUAUUUGUUGUUGAUGGCUGGCAUCUUGAGGAGUCUGAGAAGCUUAAAGAUGAACUGACGAAACAAAUCCUAAGGAACAAGGGACAAUUCUGUGUAAAUGAAAAGUCGUUUUCUAUUGUCACUGAGAACAAGCAAAUACCUAGUGCUCCAUCUGACCAUGUAAAAAUACCUAUUGAUGGAGGUGAUGUCUGGGAAAUUGAUGUCAGUUUGCUGAAGUUUGAUUCAAAAGUUGGUUCUGGUUCAUUUGGUGACCUCUACAAAGGCACAUACUGUAGUCAGGAAGUUGCCAUUAAAGUUCUCAAGCCUGAGCGCAUCAGCAAAGAUAUGCUGACCGAAUUUGCCCAUGAGGUGUUUAUAAUGAGGAAAAUCCGUCACAAGAAUGUAUUGCAAUUCAUAGGCACAUGUACACGACCUCCUACUCUAUGUAUUAUCACUGAGUUCAUGUCUCGAGGAAGUAUAUAUGACUUUCUGCAUAAGCAAAAGGGUACAUUUAAGCUUCCUACUAUGCUCAAAGUUGCACUUGAUAUUUCCAAAGGAAUGAACUAUUUGCAUCAAAACCAUAUUAUUCAUCGAGACUUGAAGUCUGCCAACCUUGUAAUGGACGAAAAUGAAGUUGUAAAAGUUGCAGACUUUGGAGUUGCUAGAGUUCAGUCGGAAUCAGGAGUGAUGACUGCAGAAACUGGAACAUACCGUUGGAUGGCUCCUGAGGUCAUCCUACAUAAACCAUAUGGUCCUAAGGCUGAUGUAUUCAGUUUCGGGUUAGUAUUAUGGGAACUUUUAACAGGAGAACUUCCCCAUGCACUCUUGACUCCUCUACAAGCUGCUGUUGGUGUUGUACAAGAGGGUCUACGGCCUCCAAUUCCUAUAAGCACUCAUCCAAAACUUGCACAAUUACUUGAUAGAUGCUGGCAGCAAAACCCUGAUCUGAGACCUGAUUUUAAUGAAAUCAUAAACAUCUUGCAGCAGUUAGUGAAGGAGGUGGGAAGUGGAGAUAAAGCUGGAUUCUCCUUGUUUAAAAAAAGGAGCCAUAAUUAAUGACUGAAGUUUGCAUUUUGGAAAUCAAGCAUGCUCAUGAUCCCAGGUAUUUUUAUUGUGUUGUGAAGUCUAACUGAUUUGUACAGCGUUUUAUUUUCUCAAGUUGAUGAAAUUAUGUUUCUGCAUAUCUCUUUUAAAUUCUUUUUUAAUCAUAAGCUCGAUUAUCUCAUCCCAGUGUUUGUAAUUUGUAUAUAUGUGAGGGGCAACAACAACAACGUAUUGUCUGUCCUUGUGAUAUAAAAGUGUUGCAAAUUGAUCUA